UGUCUGGAAUCUCUUCUCUCCUGCCCUCCUCCUCACCCCCAGGUCUACUGGUCACCAGCCUCCACUGCCUGCUGUGUUUUAAUUAGGUAGUGAUUACUCAGAAAAAAGCUUCCUUGUCUCAAAAAGGAUUUACUCCCUUGCUUAUGUAACAAUACUAAAAGAGCCCUUGGAAGCAGGCUAGUUAAGUUACGUUAGGGAGCAACCAGGAACAAGUUAAAGAUCCCCUUUGGCAGUCUACUGAGUCUGAGAAGCCAUCCUAGGGUUAAAGGAAGUGUGGGAGACGCAAGUCCUAGAGAGGCAAAAGUGGGGGGGGAAACACUUGUGAUUGCUGCUUCCAGCUCCCACCCGAAGUGCUUUUGUUCAGAGGAGAGUCCGGGUUCUGUGGCAAAUGGAAAAGAGGGGAGAAAUCUCUUGUCAGCAACUAGAAUGCCCUUUCCUUGAAAAACAUCUCCUUGGCUUGGCUAUGUAAAACCUGACUCAAAGAAAAAAGCAUUGGCUUUGCAGAAUCCAGCAGGCCCACCAAAUACAGCCAUUCCUGCUGCAAGAAAGAGCAACUUUGACCUCAUUAGAAGUUGUCUUUGGGGCACAGAAUUGGAGAUGGAAAUGCAAGCCCUGGUUGGCCCAGGAACCAUCUUGGCAGGGAGCAGUGAGUAAUUCUGGGGAAAUACUGUGGAGAAAAUGCAUGAAGAUAUGCUGAGUUUGGAUAUCCAGCAGUUACAGAACCUGGAUGCCACGGGGCCCCGGGAGGUCUGCAACCGAUUGCACAGUCUUUGCUAUCAGUGGUUAAAACCGGAGCAACACACAAAAACCCAGAUGCUGGAUCUGCUGGUCCUGGAGCAGUUCCUGACAGUUCUCCCGCUAGAAAUGAAGAGCUGGGUCAGAGAAUGUGAGCCAGAGACCAGUUCACAGGCGGUGGCCCUGGCAGAAGGCUUCCUCCUCAGCCAGGAAGAGGACAAGAAGCAGGAAGCAAAGGAGGUGCAGGGGCAGUUAGCAGAAGGGACGGCCAGUGUCUCUGAGGCAGAGAAGGCUCCAUCGGACACCAGACAGAAGCUGUUUCCCAGGGGGAUCUCUCAGGAGGAUGACAUAGAUGAUGCAUUGCUGGGCCAUGGCAUAGCAGUGGUGAUUUGUCCAAGCUCUUCUGUCCUCGGUAGUGGUGGAGAAGAGGCUUCUAUACAACCAGAUCAGAGUGUUGUGUCUUUUGAGAAGGUGGCAGUGCAUUUCACUGAGGAGGAAUGGGCUCUGCUGGAUGCAAACCAAAGAGCCCUGCACAGAGAAGUCAUGGAAGAGACACGUCAGAAUGUGGCCUCUCUGGGUGAUGAGUGGAAGAAUAAGGCAGAACCUUUUGGAGUGUUAGUGGAACGAGUGAAAUGUAAAAGGGAAGAAGGACAGCAGAGAAAGGAAACGGAAGUAAAACAGGAAAGGCAGGAUGGAUCCACUGCUCUUCAUGCUGGUGACCACCAGGAAACUCCAAUCCCAGAAAAAAUGGACAAAAUAAAUGAAUGGAACAAGCCCCUCUUAUGUGAGAAAAGCUUUACUUGUAAAUCAAGCUUUAAUUGGAGAGUCAAGCUAGGGGAGAAGCCUAUGCAUAAAAAAAUUGAGAGAGGAGAGAAACCAUAUAAGUGUUUGGAGUGUGGGAAGAGCUUCAAUCGGAACUCAAAUCUUAGAAAACAUCUAAUAAUUCACACAGGAGAGAAACUGUUUAAAUGUUUGGAAUGUGGGAAGAGUUUCAGUCGUAAGUCAUACCUUACAAAACAUGAAAGAAUUCACACAGGGGAGAAACCAUUUAAAUGUUUGGAGUGUGGGAAGCACUUCAUUCGGAACUCAGAUCUUACAAAACACCAAACAAUUCACACAGGAGAGAAAUCAUUUAAGUGUAUGGAGUGUGGGAAGAGCUUCUGUUGGGGCUCAGCUCUUACAAGACAUGAAAAAACUCACACAGGAGAGAAACCAUUUAUGUGUUUCAAAUGUGGGAAGAGUUUCAGUCAGAGCUCAGUCCUUACUAGACAUCAAAUAAUCCACACAGGAGAGAAACCAUUUAAGUGUUUGGAAUGUGGGAAGAGGUUCAGUCGGAACUCAGAUCUUACACAACAUCUAAUAAUUCACACAGGAGAGAAACCAUUUAAAUGUUUCAAAUGUGGGAAGAGUUUCAGUCAGAGCUCAGUCCUUACUAGACAUCAAACAAUUCACACAGGAGAGAAACCAUUUAACUGUUUGGAGUGUGGAAGGAGUUUCAGUCAGCGCACACAUCUUACACAACAUUAUAUAAUACACACAGGAGAGAAAUCUUUUCAGUGCUUGGAGUGUGGGAAGAGCUUCAGUUGGAGCUCAGCUCUUGCACAACAUAAAGCAAUUCACACAGGAGAGAAACCAUUUAAAUGUUUGGAGUGUGGGAAGAGCUUCAGACAGAAGUCACGUCUUACACAACAUCAAAGAAUUCACACGGGGGAGAAACCAUUUAAAUGUAUGGAGUGUGGGAAGAGCUUCAUUUGGAAGACAAGUCUUCUACAUCAUCAAAGAAUUCACACGGAGGAUAAACUAUUUACCUGUUUGUAGUGUUUCAGUUAGAACUCAGUAACAAUCCAUCAACAUAUUCACACAUAGGAUAAACAAUUCAAAGGUUUGGAGAGCGGAAGGACCUUAAAUCACAUCCCAAGUUCUACAUAACAUCAAAGAAUUCACACAGGAGAGAAACCUAUUUGGAUAUUUGGAGUGUGGAUAAAGCUUCAGUUGGUGCUCAAUUAUUAGGAUACAUGAGAGAGAAACCAUUUACAUGUUUGGAGUGUGUAAGAGCUUCCUCCAGAGUGCAUGUCUUGUAUAUUAGCAGAGAAUUCACCUUAGAGAGCAGAGUUUUAAAUUCCUGGAGUGUGAGAAGAGUUUCUCUUGGAGGUCACAUCUUACACAGCGUCAAAUAAUUCUGAAAGAGAAGGCUUGGAGUGUGGAAAGAGCUUCAGUCAGACCUCAGACCAUAAGAUGAAAAAAUUCACACAGGGGAGCACCCUUUUUAAAUGUUUGUAUAAAGAGCUUCAGUCUGAGCUCAGAUCCGAAAAGCUAUGAAAUAAUUCACAGUAGAGUGUGAGAAGAGUUUCUUUCAGAGCUCAUUCAUUUACUAGGCAUUACAGAGGAGAGAAAUAAUUUUAAUGCUUGGAGUUUAGAAAGAGGUUCAAUUGGAGCUCAUAUUCUUAAGACACUUGAAAAAAUUCACAAAAGAAGAGAAACUAUUUUAGCCUGUGGGAAGAACUUCAGUCAGAGCUCAAAUUCUCCACAAUGUGAAAAAAAACUCACAGAAGUAUAUUAGGCCAGGGGCUCCUUACCAGUGUUCCCUCUAACAGGGAUUCCCAGAUGUUGUUGGCUGCAACUCCCAGAAUCCCCAGCUGCAAUGGCUUUUGCAUGGGGUUCAUUAAUCCCUGUUAGAGUGAACACUGUUCCCUACUUGAAGGUCUCCUGGGAGGUACUCAGAGCUCUCCUGCAUCCCCCAUGCUUCAUCCACACUAUUUGUUUCGCAUCUGAGGAUCGCCAACUUGAAGCCAAUACUUCCUCAGAGAUGUGUCCACUGCAGGAGGGGAGAGAGAAAAGGGUGAAGAGUCUCCUCACUGCUCCUGAUUGGCUGGCUGUAUGCUGAAGUUCAGCAUACCUCCGCCCCUCAGCCUGACUAAUAGGCUUCAGAAAACUCUCACUGAAUACUCCCAUUGAAAUUAAUAAUAGGUUUACUUGAGGGAGAACUCCUGAGUAACUUUGGAUGUCAGCCAGUGACUAGAGUAGGGAUGUGCAGAACCAGUUUGCAAUUGAACCGAUCCGCUGUGAACUGGGUGGGUUUGGAUGGUUCAGUUGUGAACCACUUUGAACCAGUUGCAACUGGUUCAUUGAACCAACCUGCCCAGCUGGUCGGUUUGACCACACCACCUCAUGGACCCCUGGUUCAUUCCAAAUUUGGUCCAAAUUAUGCCAAAUGGUCCAUGCACUCCCCUAGACUAGAGUAGCCUGUCUCAUAACUUUAACAGUUAAAUGUGUUCUCUCUCUCUCUCUCUCUCUCUCUAACCUGAGCUGAAGGCUUGUGACAGAAGCGGGUGCCUUUGUUAAAAAAAGAACCCCUGUAUUAGGAUAUUCUUUGUAGUUUGGAAAGAUCGACACUAUUCAAACCUUCCUUCCCAACAAAUAAGCUACACAGGCAAAAAACCAGAUAAAAGUUUUGAGUGUGUAAAGAGCUGCAGGUUAGUAAUCUAGAAAUGACGAGAGUUAAGAUGCUUUCAGUUUUCACUCAUGCUCUAAAAGGUGCCCAUCUUAACCAACACCGUAUAAGCUGUAAAGACUUUCUACAAGCUUGUUUAUUAUACUGGCCAUACAAAUGAGGCUCCAUGUACCCAUGCUUUGCCUUGGUCUUUCAGCUAGACACUGGGCUGAGAGGAAGGUAGUAACAACUUCUCUCUGCUGGAGCAGUGCUAACUGCUUGUUUGAGUUGGGAAGCCUAACGACCUGAGGGAGACUGAUAUUUUAUUGGAAAAGUGUGAACAUAAAUCAAUAAAGGUUUGGAAAGUGUCAGAUGAGACAUAGAAAACAGAACUAGCUGGAGAGUUAGGCUUGGAUGCAUUUUUUCUUGUUUCACUUACAAAAAGCGAGACCACAAUGGCUGAUUAGAUUUGAGUACAGUAAAUAAUAUUAGUGUAUGUACCUGAAUCCAAGCCUAGGUCCCCCCCCCCCAGCUUUUUGGUAUUAGAAACCUGUAAUAGUCUUAAAUUCAGAAUUCUGUUCAUUUUGAGUAAAUGCAGGUAUAACCUGUAUUUAAAGGGGUCGUCUUAAAUUCAGAGUUGUCUUUGGUUCAGGUAAAUGAAUCAAAGCCUCCAUUGCUGCCCCGAGGCUUUGGAACGUGCUUCCUGCUGAAAUAGCCUCCCCAUCUCUUACAACUUUUAAAAAGACAGUCAAGAUGCAUUUGUUCACCCAGGUUUUUAAUUAGAUGUUCUUUUAAUUGUGUUUUAAUUGUUUUAACAUUUUAGAUCUUAUUUGCUGAAAUGUUUUAAUCUUUUUAUUGGUUGUUUUUAUUGUUUUGUUGUAAACCGCCCAGAGAACUUGCGUUUUGGGCGGUAUAGAAGUAUGUUAAAUAAUAAAUAAAUAAACAAAUAAACAAUUAAAUAAAAUAUUGUCCUCAAUAUAUAUUUGUAUACAGCGGCAGCCUGAUCAUACAGGCAACCUCAGUGGCCACCUAGAACCCCAAGUUUUAAGGGCCAUCGGCACUGCUAUGCCAAAAUGAAAAUGAUGGUGUUACUCUGGGUGGUUAAUAUGCUCAGAGAGACUCAUACAAGACCGUGAUCCUAAAUGAAGGAAGCCUGUUUUUGUUUCCAGCU